AUGGCGCCCUACGACAGCGACUCCUCAGACGGCGGCGAUGACUACACCGAGACCAACGUACUGCUGGGUUAUGCGACCAAGGAAGUCACGGGCGACGCCGUUUCCCAUAUUGGAGGCGCACCGGGCUGGAUAGAUGAGAAGACUGCCCCUUCGGGUGCCUUGGCAAAGUGCAAAGUCUGCAACGGCCUUCUCAGCCUACUCCUCGAACUCAACGGCGACCUUCCUGACCAAUUCCCUGGUCACGAGCGGCGACUUUACAUCUGGACAUGUCGGCGCAAGCCAUGUAGAAGAAAGGAAGGUAGUGUGAGGGGCAUUCGUGGAGUGCGCAUCGCCAAAGGCGCCAGCAGCAAGGGUAGCGCUGCCAAAAUCGAGAAGAAGGAAGUCAAAGAGGAAGAGAAGCCCCAGCCCAAGAUAGGCGAGUCGCUGUUUGGGGUCAAGAAUGGGACGAGUGCGUCGACACCCGCGAACCCGUUUUCGAACCCCUUCUCGUCCAAGCCGAAUGGUGCGGCAUCGGCGAACCCUUUCUCUUCGCAGGCUGGAAGUGCCAACUCCUUCGGCGCGUCGACACCCACACCCGCAGUCCAAGUCAGCGAGCCUGUAGAGAAGAAAGACGAGGCUUCUACGACCCUGCCGGAGACAUUCGCAUCCAAGGUUCGCCUAUCUUCACCACCUCCCUCUGAGCAACAACCCCCACGUCCACACGAGCCAUGGCCAGCAGAUUCGGCCUUCCCUACGCCGUUCCCACACUAUCACCUAGACGCCGAAUACGAGACGCUAGACGCUCCGUCAACACCGUCGAUACCGGCGAAUGUGCGAAUGGACACAGACACCGAGGGUAGCGGGAGUGGUGGUGGGAAAGAAGAUAAGGAGGUCUUUGAGUCGUCCAUGGACAGGACGUUCCAGAAGUUCGCGGAUCGUAUCGGAGAGAACGCCGAGCAGGUGCUGCGUUACGAGUUCAAAGGAAAGCCACUUCUAUACAGCGACAACGAUGCCAUCGGCAAGCUUCUGGGACCACAUUCAGAAAACGGCACGUCGUCGAAUGCAAAAGUCAAAACAGCGGGCUCACGAAGUGGAGCUGGCUUUCCUCGAUGUUCGACAUGUGGUGCGGAUAGGGUCUUCGAGGUUCAGUUGACACCACAUGCGAUUACCGAGCUGGAGGCAGACGAAAUGAGUAUCGAUGGCAUGGAAUGGGGCACUAUUAUCAUGGCUGUAUGUAGCAAAGACUGCAAGCCCAGCGACGUUCCAGAAGGCGAAGUCGGAUAUGUGGAGGAAUGGAUUGGAGUACAAUGGGAGGAGGUUGCUUCGAAGAAAUAG